UUUGCAAACACAGAACGAAUCAAAUACAAUUUAUUCAACGCUCAGCUCAGACGUUCCUUCACUUUGAAUUUCUAAGUUAAUCAUUCGCCAGCAAUUUUUCGUUUACAUUCUAAAAGCACUUUCAAAAAACACUGCGAUCAUGAAAUUGUUCAUUUGGAAUGACUACGAGUGGAGAUUGAUUGAAGCUUCAGAUGACUAUGACAAAGAAAACUUUUACAUUGUUCGUAAAUUGUUUGUGCAGUGGCCAAAAGAGGGCAAUGCUGUAGUUUGCAAUGAUUUGAUUCGUCAGCACUUCGAGUCUUAUGGCACGGUUGAGUCGGUUCACACAGUCAACGAAGAAUCGAUUGAUGCAAAUGCGAUCAACGCAGCAGACAUUCACGAGGCGUAUGUGACAUUUGUCGACAGUGAACAUGCAUACAAUGGUUUCCUGGCAAAUCGACGUGAUUCAAAAGCAAUCAAAGUGCUUCCUGCUGACACAUGGCGUCAACCGGGUGUUGAUGUGGUUCCGUUUGAGACAAUCAAAGCAAUCAACGAUUCAAAUCCGUGCUCCAAAGAAAAAUUCAAUUUUUAUGAUGUCAUGAAAGACUUCGGUGAAUGUGGUGAAGUGGUGCCGACUGUUCACUUGCGCCAACCAAUGGGCUUGAAGAGUAUUAUCGAGAGUUUCCGACCAAUCAAAAACCGUAUCAGCCACUUCAAAAUCAUCUUCGAUAUCGAGCCGAAUGAUACACACGUGAAUUGUCUUACGGAUGAUGAAUCCAUCAAACGAGCCGUUCAGAUUCUUUGCACAUGCAUUGGUGAACAAUUCAAUGAGCUGACCAUUUGGGAUGCAAAGAAGAUUUCGAUCGAGCUACUAGACAACAUGGCGCUCAUGCUUCAGCGAUUGGAAUCACUCACAUUGCAGACCGAAUCCAAUGCUUCAGUGUUAUAUGCGUUGCCGGAAUACUGUCCAAAUUUAAGAAGUUUGGAGCUUUUAUCUCUGUCUUGGGACGGCGAGUGUUUGGAUUCAGAGGUUAAAAAUUGGCCGAGUAUUUCCGAAUUGAUGAUUGCGGGAAACGUCAAAAUCGCCAGCGACACGGAAACUGGUGUCAAAUUCCAACGAUUUAUCGAAUUGAAUCCACAGCUGGAUCAACUUGAACUUGAUACGAUCGUCGAUAAUGGCACAUUCACCAAGAUUUCCGAACAACUGCCCAACUUAAUGCUCCUAGAAUUUGUGCGCGAAACGUACGAUGACAUCGAAUUGAUCUUGGAUCAAUUGACUCAAAUGAAACAUCUCACUGAAGUCAAAAUAAGCAUAUUGUUAGUAGAAAAAGAUGGCCUGAAGGCAAUGGCUACAUGCGCCGAACGAUUCCGUGAAAUGGAGCAACUCAAAUUGAUUACUUUGUUUCAAAAUCUCGAACCCGACACGGUUCAAGAAGAAGAGUAUAAGCGCAUUUUUUCAUGUGCGGUGACACAUCACCAUGGGUGCUCUUGCCAUGAAUCAGAACGUGUUUUGGAAAUUUGCGAUGUGGAUGAUGAGAUGGCAAUGGAUAAAAAGGCAAUGGUGAAGUUACCGAAAAGUCGACCGGUACUGGUGGUGUGCGUCAACACAAAGAACUAUUUCGAUUCAGCUGACAUGGAAUUGAUGCAGAAGGUUUCCAUAGGCAUCGAGGGUACGAAACAGUUCUAUCCACAUGUCAUUGACAAACGAUUGGUGGACGGCACCGACAACUAUCUGUCUUUUCAUAUCAGCCACGCAUGAUGUUGAAUCGAAAAACAUCAUCAAAAGGUCAUCAGCCAAAAGCAUCACUUCAAUUCAUUACUUGAUUUGAUUUUCUCACCAUUUGGUUUUUCAGCGAUAGAUUGAUGGUUUUUUCAACUUCAUUUUCAUUCCUUUCGUUUUUUUUGGUCAAUAAAAUAAGAAAUAACUUGAUAUGCAAAGAAAAUUGCACUUAAAGUGUAUUAUCCACAUAUAUAGAAACCGUAUCAAUAGAGCAGAUAUGAAACAUUCAAUAUUUUCUUUGUAGCUAAUUAAUGUGUCUCAAUCUCUAGUUUUUCUAUCAUUUUCUGAAGCUGAUGAAUAAAACAAAAAUGAGACGAAU